ACUUGUGUCAAACUAAUAAUUGAACGAACCGUCUUCAAAGUUCUACGAAUUUCGAAAUACAGAAAGUCGUGUCGUAACUUUGCUCGCCGCUGCAUUAAUGAUGGUGAUAAAAAUACUCAUUUCAAAACUGUAUAAGUAAAAAGAUACAAGUAGGCUUUAUUUUAUGUUAAGAAUAUAUUUGUCAUGGAUUAGAUACACACUUUACUGUUGAAGUUUCAUAUUUUUAUUUACUAAACUUCUCGUAAAAUCUGAACUAUUAAAAAUAGUCAUUUACAGCGCUGGUGAGACCAUGUGAAGGCCAUGUGCUUUAGUGGUGACAAAAUACAUAAAUUCUUUUCUUAUAAUAUACAGAUAUUUAAAAAUGGAAUCUUUACCGAUGGAAAAUAAAAAUUUAUUGUUUAAAAAUAAUGAAGUUGUAAUAAAACUUGAGAGAAAUGGUCAAGUGUUGAAUGGCGAAACAUCAAGAGAACCCCCUGAUGGGGGCUUCAGAGCUUAUAUGAUAAUUGUUGCUUCCUUUCUCACUAAUGGCUUAAUAUUUGGAGUUAUCAAUUCUUAUAGUGUUAUUUAUACUGUACUCCAAAAAAGACUUGAAAAUGAAAAUGUACCAAACUCUGAAAGUAGAGCUGCUUUAGUCGGCGCGUUGACAAUGGGAACAACUUUUCUGCUGUCUCCACUCUCGGGUGUGUUGACUGGACUCCUUGGAUUACGUUGUACUGCUGUAUUGGGAGGAACUAUUGCAUUUCUUGGAUUACUUAUAUCUUCUUUUUUAGUAGAUUAUGUAGAUGUGCUAUGUUUUACUUACGGUGUUAUGUACGGACUAGGAGCAUCCCUUGCGUAUACCCCAUCUUUGGCAAUUCUAGGUCAUUAUUUUAAACGUCAUUUAGGUUUCGUCAAUGGAGUUGUUACGAUAGGAAGUUCUAUUUUUACAGUUAUUAUGCCUCCUGUAAUGGAAUAUAUGAUUCAAAAUUACGGAUUACCGGGAAUGUUUCGAUUUUUGUCUGUUAUUACUGUCGGUAUCGCGCUUUGUGGGUUGUUAUUCAAACCAAUUUCUGUCUUGGUGGUAGAGAAACCUCCGAGAGAAGAGGGUUUUAAGGGUCUUUUAAAAACUAUAAUUAACGUUCAAAUUUGGAAAAAUAAUAAGUACAGGUUAUGGGCGAUGUCUAUGCCUGUUGCUUUAUUUGGAUAUUUUGUUCCAUAUGUUCAUAUAAAGAAGUUUAUCGAGUUAAAUUUUACAAACGUUCAAGACAAUUUACCACUUCAAUGUAUAGCAGUAACUUCUGGAGUAGGACGAUUACUCUUUGGAAUAUUAGCUGAUAAAAAAUGGGUUAAUAGAAUAAUCUUGCAACAGAUAUCUUUCUAUGUUAUUGGAACUCUUACAAUUAUAUUACCUUUCGUUAAAUCUUUUUCGUUGUUAGUUGUAGUAUCAUUGUGCAUGGGAAUUUUUGACGGCGCAUUUAUUGCUUUGAUUGGUCCGGUUGCCAUACAAUUUUGUGGUAGUGCAUAUGCCGCACAGAGUAUCGGUUGUAUGCUAGGAUUAGCUGCUUUUCCUUUGUCGUUGGGUCCGCCAAUGGCUGGACUUAUUUACAGUUGGUAUCAAUCAUAUACACUGCCAUUUGUUUUAGCAGGAGUAUCACCUCUUGUCGGUGCCACCUUAAUGUUUGCUAUUAGGUUUCAAAAGUGAGAAAAAUUUAUAAUAGAUUAGAAUAACAUUAUUACUACCAGAGGGUUUUUUAUGACGAAUGUAGGCCACCCAUUGUACCAUUUAAAUUUAGCAGUAAUUUACGGAAUUAUGUUAUGUAAAGUAUCUCAAAUUUAUCUGUCGUUGAUAGAAUUAAUUGUUUCAUGAUAAAAUAAUGCAAUUUAUAAGAAAUAUCCUAGACAGUUUUAAAUAUUUACUAUUAGGCUUAAACGCGAAAAAGUUUCCUAGCCUUUUACCAACAAUUGAAUGCUCUCCAAUUAUUUUGUGGAUGUUUGAAAGUACGAAAUAGUAGCUUAUAAAAAUAUACUAAUCACUAGACGAUCCAAAAUUUUUCUGCAUUGGCGUUUAUUUCUAUUUACGGCUCAUAUAAGUCGUAGUUUAAUAUUUAUUAGCCUAUAUACUACCUCAAGGAACAUGCUAUUUAAAAAAUAGAAUUUAAUUUCUAAAUAAAUUUAAACUAGUAAACCAGGCGUUAUCGUGUUCAA